UCUAAGUUAAUGCGGUUUUGGCAUUAAUUAAGAUUUUUUGAUCAUUUUGAUACGCCAACUGUGUAAUUCGUUACAUUAUUUAGGCUAAUAAUUUUGAUAUCGGUUAUUUCUUGAUAGGCUAAUUUAUAGGUUAGGCCUAUUUAACCUAGGCUAAUUCGUAUUUCUGCCUUAGGCCCUACACUAAUUAAAUAUGGAUACAAAGGCACAAAAAGAAGAACUAAUGAAAGUGCUGUGCCCAAGCACUUAUCAAGCCUACCAGUGGCUAAAACUCAACAGAAACAGAUUCACAGGCUAUAUAUAUGGGCCUGUGAUGAUUGAGAUAAACUGUCAUAAUUCUGUCAAAAGGGAGAUUGAAUCUGUCAUUGAAUCAGAUUUAAUGUCAUUUAUCUGUGAAAACUCAAAUGACAUGAAUUUAUUCCUAAGAACAGUUCGAGAUAACAUGAAAUUACAAAUCAAUGUCUGUCUGGCUCCUAAAAAUUGUCACCUCCCUGUAAGGGAAAACUUCCCAUAUGAUGAUCACAUGUCAGUCCUGUUAGAAAAAGUAGUAGGUCCAGACCCUGUGCUUAACUAUUUAUGCAAGAAUUAUAAUUUACAUGAUAAAGAUAUGAACAAUGAAUUUGAACAGUCCUUAUCAACGGAUCUGCAAUUGGAUGCAGCUCUUAAUCCAACAGAGUUCAAUAAUGACUAUGAAGCUGGCUGCAGUACAAGUUGCCCUAGUGGAAGCAAUCCGUUGCACUCUCAAUUGAACAUACCUGAUUUGAAAAAGGAUGAGGCCGCAGAAACUCAAGCCUGAUGACGGGUGGAUGGCGAUGGGGGCAUGGAGGAUGAGAGAUAUGGCUGAUUAUGUUGAUUAGGUUAAUAUUUGUUUUGAAC